CCGCAACUAUCGCGAGAUUUGAUAGGCGGAGGAGGAGCCAUCUCAGGCAGCCGCCUCACAGCGAUGGCGGCCGAGCAGGGCCGGUGGCAGUGGCGGCUGCGGGUACAGCUGGAGACGGCAGUGGAGGUGCCAGCGGUAGGUGGCGGGGGCCUGUGACCGGGAGGUGCCCCCGGGCCCAGGCACCAUGAGCCAAGGCCCUCCUCCAGUGGAGAGCAGCGAACCUGAAGCAAAGGUCCUCCACACUAAGCGCCUUUACCGGGUCUCACUAUGUAUCCUUGGCUGGCCUGGGACUUAAUAUAUAGACAUGGCCCUGAUACAGCUCCCCACCUCCUGCAUGCUGGGAUUGAAGGGCUGUGGUGGAGGCUGUGCAUCGGCUAGACCUCAUCCUUUGCAACAAAGCUGCUUAUCAGGAAGUGUUCAAACCAGAGAAUGUUAGCCUGAGGAACAAGCUGCGUGAGCUCUGUGUGAAGCUUAUGUUCUUGCAUCCAGUAGACUAUGGGAGGAAGGCUGAGGAGCUGCUGUGGAGAAAGGUGUACUAUGAAGUCAUUCAACUCAUCAAGACUAACAAAAAGCACAUCCACAGUCGGAGCACCUUGGAAUGUGCCUACAGGACUCAUCUGGUUGCUGGCAUUGGCUUCUACCAGCAUCUCCUUCUCUAUAUCCAGUCCCACUACCAGCUGGAACUACAGUGCUGUAUUGACUGGACUCAUGUCACUGAUCCCCUCAUCGGAUGCAAGAAGCCAGUAUCUGCUUCAGGAAAGGAGAUGGAUUGGGCACAGAUGGCAUGUCACCGAUGUCUGGUGUACCUGGGGGAUCUGUCACGCUAUCAGAAUGAAUUGGCUGGUGUGGACACUGAGCUGCUAGCUGAGAGAUUCUACUAUCAGGCCUUGUCAGUGGCUCCCCAGAUUGGAAUGCCCUUCAACCAGCUGGGCACUCUUGCAGGCAGCAAGUAUUACAACGUAGAAGCCAUGUAUUGCUACUUGCGCUGCAUCCAGUCGGAAGUGUCCUUUGAGGGAGCCUAUGGGAACCUCAAGAGGCUAUAUGACAAGGCAGCCAAAAUGUACCACCAAUUGAAGAAGUCUGAGACCAGGAAGCUUUCCCCUAGCAAAAAGCGAUGCAAAGACAUUAAGAGAUUGUUGGUGAACUUCAUGUACCUACAAAGCCUGUUACAGCCCAAAAGUAGCUCUGUGGACUCAGAACUGACCUCGCUUUGCCAGUCAGUCCUAGAGGAUUUCAACCUCUGCCUCUUCUACCUGCCCUCCUCACCCAACCUUGGUCUAACAAAUGAGGAUGAGGAGGAGUGUGAAAGUGGAUAUGCUUUCCUACCCGACUUGCUCAUCUUUCAGAUGGCCAUCAUCUGCCUCAUGGGUGUGCACAGUUUAAAGAGAGCAGGAUCCAAGCAUUAUAGUGCAGCCAUUGCUUUCACCCUGGCCCUCUUCUCCCACCUUAUUAAUCAUGUCAACAUACGGCUGCAGGCGGAACUGGAAGAGGGCGAGAACCCUGUCUCAGCUUUUCAGAGUGAUGGCACAGAUGAACCAGAGUCAAAAGAAGCACUAGAAAAAGAGGAGCCAGAACCCGAGCCUCCCACUGUGGUGCCCCAAGCUGAUGAGGGUAGAAAGAGCCGGAAGCACUCCCGACUCUCUUGUCUUCGUCGUCGUCGUCGCCGCCGCCACCAUCCUCCUAAAGCUGGUGAUGACAGUGACCUGAGUGAGGGUUUUGAAUCAGACUCAAGCCAUGACUCUGCCCAGGCCAGUGAUGGCUCAGACAGUGGCUCUGACAAGAGUCUGGAAGGCAGGGGCACUGCUUUUGAUGCAGAGACAGACUCAGAAAUGAACAGCCAGGAGUCCCGAUCAGACCUAGAAGAUAUAGAGGAUGAAGAAGGGACACGAUCUCCAGCCCAGGAGCCCCCUCAGGCCAGAUCAGAGGUUCCAGAUUCCCUCAACGGCCCCCUGGGCUCCAGUGAGGCAAGCAUUGCCAGCAAUUUACAAGCCAUGUCCACUCAGAUGUUCCAGACCAAGCGCUGCUUCCGACUGGCUCCCACUUUCAGCAACUUGCUCCUGCAGCCCACCACGGAACCUAACAGUGUGGCCAGUCACAGGCCUUGUGUCAACGGGGAUGUGGACAAACCUUUAGAACCAGCCUCUGAAGAUGGCUCUGAGUCAGAGGGGAGUGAGUCCAGCAACCACUCCUGUCGUAACGAGCGCAGCCUUCAGGAGAAGCUGCAGGCCUUGAUGGCUGAGGGCCUUCUUCCUGCUGUGAAGGUCUUCCUGGACUGGCUACGAACCAACCCUGACCUCAUCAUCGUGUGUGCGCAGAGCUCUCAAAGCUUGUGGAACCGCCUGUCUGUGUUGCUGAAUCUGUUGCCAGCAUCUGGUGAGCUCCAGGAUUCUGGCCUGGCUCUGUGUUCUGAAGUCCAAGGUCUCCUUGAAGGCUGCGAGCUGCCUGACCUCCCUGCUAGCCUGUUGCUCCCAGAAGACAUGGCACUGCGGAACCUACCUCCUCUGCGGGCUGCUCACAGACGCUUUAACUUCGAUGCGGAUCGGCCCCUGCUCAGUGCCUUAGAGGAGUCGGUGGUACGCAUCUGCUAUAUCCGCAGCUUCGGGCACUUUGUUGCUCGCUUACAAGGCAGCAUUCUGCAAUUCAAUCCAGAGGUCGGCAUCUUUGUCAGCAUUGCUCAGUCUGAGCAGGAGAGCCUGCUACAGCAGGCCCAGGCCCAGUUUCGUAUGGCAGAGGAGGAGGCUCGGCGGAACAGGCUCAUGAGAGACAUGGCUCAGCUACGAUUACAGCUCGAGGUCUCCCAGCUGGAAGGGAGCCUGCAGCAGCCCAAAGCCCAGUCAGCCAUGUCUCCUUACCUCAUCCCUGACACCCAGGCCCUCUGCUACCACCUCCCUCUUAUCCGCCAGCUUGCCACCAGUGGCCGCUUCAUCAUCAUCAUUCCAAGGACAGUGAUUGAUGGCCUGGAUUUGCUGAAGAAAGAACAGCCAGGGGCCAGGGAUGGGAUCCGGUACCUGGAGGCAGAAUUUAAAAAGGGAAACAGAUACAUUCGCUGCCAGAAGGAGGUGGGAAAGAGCUUUGAGCGGCAUAAACUGAAACGGCAGGAUGCAGAUGCCUGGACCCUCUAUAAGAUUCUGGACAGCUGCAGACAGCUAACUCUGGCCCAGGGGACAGGGGAGGAAGACCCAAGUGGCAUGGUGACCAUUAUCACAGGCCUUCAUUUGGACAACCCCAGUGCACUCUCUGGGCCCAUGCAGGCUGCCCUGCAAGCUGCUGCCCAUGCCAGUGUGGACGUCAAGAAUGUUCUAGACUUCUACAGGCAGUGGAAGGAGAUUGGUUGAGAGUGACCUCUAGGCCCUGCCGUGGGGCUGACUCCAGAUUUCUCCUGUUCUCCCUGGCGACCAGGACCACCAGCUGUAGUCACCCCACCACAGGCAGACUCAAGCAGGCCAACAGAAGGCAGGCCAGCUGCGCUGGGGCUGCAGGAGGGCCCAGGAGCCAGCGGGAGGAUGGGGCCUGUUGCCAAGGUGAAAUCAGGAAAGUGAGGAAGUGCUUGGAGUAGGAGUGGCUGUGGACCCCCGGCCAGCCUUCCACCUUAACCCCUGCAGUCCCCGGGGGCAGGCUUGGGUGUCUGCAUUUCAUUGGGGCAGUUCCUGGACUUCUGAGAGGAAAGGACGACAGAGGGGGCCUGUCCUUACCCAGGAUACUGGGUGGGUGGGGCUGGGAGUUUGGACCCCCUAGCUCUCAGGGAAGAGUUGGGAGAUACUGUCUGCAUGGUUCUCUGCAGACCCCACCCAUCCUCAAGGACCCCCUCAUUCCUUGUCUUCCAUGGGGAACGGGCAGCUCUGGAGCCAGCUGUGGGGGCUCUUAGGGAAGCAGGGCCUGCACACUUGGAGGCCCCACUUCUCUGCUGCUGCUGCUCAGCUUCCAGACCCACUUAGGGUGUGGGUGGCUGGCUGUACGCCAGCAGUCAUCCCUUCCCCACCAGCUCAGGCAUUGUGCUUUGUGCUCUUGGCUGCUGUGCUGGGAUAAGGGGUGCCAGUGAGGGAGCGAAGGCCAGGGCCACCACCCCUCUCAUCAUCCAGUGAGGGCUGGAGGAAGGGUGGCAGAGAGGCAAGAUCCCUGACGCUGCUUACUCAGGGCCCUCUUCCAUCCUGGACUACCUACCCUCCUUUUGCCCAUCCCCAGGACUAGAUCCCUGGUAGGCUGAGCACAGGCUGGCUUUGGAGUGUCAAGUGACACAGGAGCAGAGAUCAUGAAUAGCUUGGGGGCAGAAUAGCACCCUGAGAGAGCGGUAGGGGAGGCUUUGGCCAGGGCGACCUCAGUUCUACCCCUCAGCCUGGAAGCAGAGCAUAGCUGGGGCUGGGUUCUUUUCUGCUUCCCCCUCCUUGCCCCAACUGGCCUAGCUGCUUUGGCUGUGCUUAGAGGCUGGCUUCCUGCCUUCCACUAAGAAAGGAGGUCUGGGAAAGCCAGGGAACAGUUGGGAUUACCACUUUCCAAUUCAGGCAGACUUGAGACUCAAGCAUCACUUAAUAAAGACCCCCCCUUCCCAAGUCUA